AUGUUCGUUGUUGGAGACAACUGUGCAGUCAACAAGCGCUUGGCCCACCUCAUGGGUGUUCCGCUUGUUGGCUGCGCCAGCCACCACCUGAAUUUGGCGGUGCGACGGUUUCUGGAGCCGUAUGAAGAGGAUCUGGAACAAGUCCAAACGCUAGUGAGGCGGCUACGCACGAUCACUCAAGCUUCCAAGCUGCGGUAA